CCCCGGCCCGCUCCGGACCCGGGCGGCGGACGCGGCGGAGGCGGAGGCGGAGGCGACGUGGCCCGGCCAUGGCCUCGCUCCUCAAGGUGGAUCAGGAAGUGAAGCUGAAGGUGGAUUCCUUCCGCGAGCGGAUCACCAGCGAGGCUGAGGACCUGGUGGCCAACUUCUUCCCCAAGAAGCUGCUAGAGCUCGACAGUUUCCUCAAGGAACCUAUUCUGAACAUUCAUGACCUAACGCAAAUCCACUCGGACAUGAACCUUCCCGUCCCCGACCCCAUCCUCCUCACCAACAGCCACGACGGCCUGGACGGUCCCAACUUGAAGAAGAGGAAGCUGGAGGAGUGUGAGGAGGCCUUCCAGGCAGGGACCAAGGUAUUCGUGAUGCCCAACGGGAUGCUGAAAAGCAACCAGCAGUUGGUGGACAUCAUCGAGAAAGUGAAGCCGGAGAUCCGGCUUCUCAUCGAGAAAUGCAACACGGUCAAAAUGUGGGUGCAGCUUCUGAUCCCCAGGAUAGAGGACGGAAACAACUUCGGGGUGUCGAUUCAGGAGGAGACCGUGGCUGAGCUGCGGACUGUGGAGAGCGAGGCGGCUUCCUACCUGGACCAGAUUUCUAGAUACUACAUUACAAGAGCAAAGUUGGUUUCUAAAAUCGCCAAGUACCCCCACGUGGAAGAUUAUCGCCGCACGGUGACCGAGAUCGACGAGAAGGAAUAUAUCAGUCUGCGGCUCAUCAUCUCCGAGCUGCGGAACCAAUACGUCACGUUACACGACAUGAUCCUUAAAAAUAUCGAGAAGAUCAAGAGGCCGCGGAGCAGCAACGCGGAGACGCUGUACUGAGCCUGGGGCCGGUCCUCGGUGGGCGGGAGGGGCCCCCCUCACUCCCUCCCCACCCCCGGCCCGGUCUGUUACGAGACUAUCGACGGGACGCUGGUUGCAGCCCUCCCUCCCUUCCCCCCACCCCAACCCCUUCCCUCAGACCCGGUUUUAGUUCCUUUGAGUCUAAUGAAGAUCUCGCCUACUUCG